CAUAUGUAAGGCUUGGCUCUGAAAGAUUUCUCUUCUCUGUCUCUCUCCAAAUACCAAUCUUCUCUUGCUUUGCUUAAAUACUAGAGCUGAUCAAAUGGAUCAAAUCAACAAGAAGAUGGUGGAGGAGGAGCAAGAAGAUUGCACUCUUGAUGGAACCGUUGAUCAACACGGCCGCCCUGCUGCCCGGAAAAGAACCGGUAAAUGGGUUGCCGCAGUUCUGAUUCUCGUGAACCAAGGGCUGGCCACAUUGGCAUUUUUUGGGGUAGGGGUGAACUUGGUGCUAUUUCUGACCAGAGUAUUAGGCCAAGGCAACGCGGAUGCCGCAAACAAUGUGAGCAAAUGGACAGGCACAGUCUACAUCUUCUCCCUCCUUGGGGCCUUCCUCAGCGACUCCUACUGGGGCCGAUACAAGACCUGUGCCAUUUUCCAGGCCAUCUUCGUCGUUGGUUUGGCAUCAUUGUCAUUAUCAUCCUAUCUUUUCCUAGUCAAGCCUGCAGGCUGUGGCGAUAAGCAAACUCUCUGUGAGCCCCACUCGGCUUUGCGGAUUGCGUCGUUUUAUGUGUCAAUUUACCUUACUGCCCUUGGAUAUGGAGGGUAUCAACCGAACAUUGCCACAUUAGGAGCCGAUCAGUUUGACGAGGGCCACCCCAAAGAAGGGCACUCAAAGGUGGCCUUUUUCAGCUACUUCUACUUGGCCCUGAACCUUGGAUCCUUGUUCUCGAAUACCAUACUCGACUACUUCGAAGAUCAAGGGAUGUGGGUUCUGGGCUUUUGGGCAUCCACCGGCUCGGCCAUUUUGGCAUUGCUCUUGUUUCUCAUUGGAACCGCUAGGUACCGGCACUUCGCGCCUAAAGGCAACCCUCUUUCCAGAUUCUUCCAAGUAGUGGUGGCUGCUACCAGAAAAUGGAAGGUAGAGUUGCCACCCAAUGGAGGGGAACAUUUAUAUGAAGCUGAUGAUGGGGCAAGAAAGAUGCUUCACACCAAAGGAUUUCGGUUCGUGGAUAAAGCUGCAGUUGUUGGAUCAAAGGAGAACAAGGAAUAUUGUUGUGGUGAUCCCUGGCUUCUCUGCCCGGUCACUCAAGUGGAAGAAGUGAAAUGUGUGCUGAGACUUCUACCAAUUUGGUUGUGUACAAUACUUUACUCAGUAGUUUUCACCCAAAUGGCCUCUCUUUUCGUAGAACAAGGGGCAACCAUGAAAACUACCAUCUCCAACUUCCACAUUCCUCCAGCCAGCAUGUCUAGCUUCGACAUCCUCAGUGUUGCAGCAUGUGUUUUCAUUUACAGGCGAGUUCUCGACCCCUUGUUUUCAAGCCUAAGAAAGUCGAGCCCUCGAGGCCUCACGGAGCUUCAAAGAAUGGGGACAGGCCUGGUCAUAGCCAUAUUGGCCAUGGUAGCUGCGGGCAUUGUGGAGCAUUUCAGGCUGCAGCAUGCCCAAAGCUCCUGCAUCAGCUGCGAAGGUUCGAGUUCCUUGAGCAUAUUAUGGCAAGCCCCCCAGUACGCACUAAUUGGAGCAUCCGAGGUUUUCAUGUAUGUCGGGCAGUUGGAGUUCUUCAACAGCCAGGCGCCUGAUGGCCUAAAGAGCUUCGGGAGCGCGCUCUGCAUGACAUCAAUCUCCAUGGGAAACUAUGUCAGCAGCUUGCUGGUGACAAUGGUCACGAAUAUCUCCACUCGAGAUAAAAUGCCCGGUUGGAUCCCAUGGAACCUCGACCGUGGCCACCUCGACAGGUUCUUCUUCCUCUUGGCAGCCUUGACGGUAGCCGAUCUUCUGGUUUACACCGCGUGUGCAAAGUGGUACAAGUACACCAAGUUUUAAGCCAAUAAGGAUGGCAACAUCUAUUAACAAUAUUGGCAGCUUGCUGCAGCAAGGCAAUGACUCAACCUUUGAUUGGCAGACUUGCAUGUUACACUGACACCAUAUACGUUGAGCACCAAGCUUAAUUAGCAUGUGCAUCACAUCUUAUCCGUACAAGUUAAUUAGGAAAUGAUCCUUUAUAUAUAUAUAUAUAUAUAUAGUCUUGUCUUUACUUUGUAAAAGGCUACCUCGCGGUCACA